ACUACCCACACAUUUUACAAUUAAUAAGGCUUUAUUCACCGAAGAUAAUCAUUUAUUUCCCCUAAAAAUAGAUCACUCUAACUCGCAGAUAAUCAAUUUUUCCACCGAGCUAAAUGAAAAAAAUGCAUAAAAUGAAAAAAGAAUAAUAUCCAUCACCACUGAUAAUGCACGAGAACAACGCACACCUGCACGAGUCCCAUACGACAAGUGGAGGCUGUUAAGUAUAAAUAGUGAAGUCUGAUGUGUACGAAAGUGUCAUUUAAUCAGCUGACUUAAUCCUAUUAUAAAAAGGAGACCCGUGUACAGAUCGAUAUCGAUAUUUCUCGAAGAAAUAUCUCGAAAAUGCGUAAGCGUAAGACAGAAACCGAAGCGACAUCUGUCGAUUAUAUUAGUCGCACAUUGGGCUGGAACAAAUGAACCGGUAAAAACCAUCACAUUUGGCAACGUGUUUGAGUGUUUUUAUCCUAUUAUAAAAAGGAGAUAAUUUAUAAUCGUGAAACAUCAUGACAUCUCCACCUAUUAAAUAUACGACCAACAGAGCCAUUGAUCAUUUCAAUGUUGCAGCUAUACUCAUGAAAAUCAUCGGCUACGUCGACAGCAUUGAAGACCUGAGAGAGUUGCCAAAGUCUCCAUCUAAGUGGAUUUACAAGUGCAUUUUAAAUAACAAUGAUGGCAGAAGGGUUCGCAUACUUUGCUCGGGGGAUGAUGCUCUCAAAUACAAGGAUGAGAUCAAGAUGUAUCAGAUAAUAAAAAUCACUGGAGGGAUUAUUAAAGCGGCCAAUCCACAGUAUCGGCGAUCAACGGACACUGUGAGCGACAAAGAAUUUCAAUUUGCACGUAGGAGCACUUUCGACAUCUUUGGCACAUUUAACAUUACGAAUGGAGCUGACAAUGGAAGGUCGAAGGUCAUCUCAUAUAAAAAAUUGAGAUGGAGAACGUUUGUGCUGCUCGCGGGCCAGUCCAGAUCACUGGAUGGCUCAAAGAGCCAUUCAGAAGCAUUACCACGAAACUGAAAGCUGAAUAGCUUUAAUGACGUGCUAUUUACUCUGGAAGUUCAAUUGCAAAAUUGAAAAUUUUUUCUAUAACAAGUUCUAGACUGUUAUUUUUUCACACAAAAAUUGAGUUCUAUAACAAGUUUAACACUGUUAUUUUUUUACGCAAAAAUUUAAUUCUAUAACAAGUUUAAUACUGUUAUUUUUUUACACAAAAAUGAAACAUUGACAAGCUUGAGCUCUUUAAGAAUCUGAUUUUUUACUUUUAAAGACUGCCAACUUCAUAGCAGUAAGGUUAAUACUCAUUUAGCUUUAACAACCAAAACAGAUGGAAUUAUAAUAAUCUAUUCAUGAACAUUAGUAUUUAUUCAGAAUUUAUUUCAAUAUAUGGCCCUGUUUUUGAAGAAAAAGUAUUACUAAACAUUUGUAUUUUUUAUAUAUAACAGAGAAAACUGAAGACUAAUUAAUUUUAUGAUUAAAGUAGAUAAAGCUCUCCGGAAUCACAGAUAAGUGAUACAAAGGAUGUAUUCAUGUUAAUGUUUGUUCAUAUUUCUUAACAUAUGUUGUAAUGUCAAUUAUAAUUGUUGGAACAU